AUGACGAAUUUUCAAAGUCUGAACUAUGAAUAUCUGAAUGAGAAUCAGAUUGAUGAAGAACUCAAAUGUAUUAUUUGUAAACAGCCGCUCCAAUCACCAGUGAGCCUGCUAGUAUGUAACCACACUUUCUGCAAAGGUUGUAUCGAAGUUUGGCUUCGUCAGCAACAAACAUGUCCAACAUGUCGACAGCCAACAGUUAAUAGCUGUCCUCGCAUGGGUAUUGGUCGUUGGCAAUCACCGCUUCAAUGUUCAUUUGUUCCGAUCAACACUCGUAUAGUUCUCAAUCAACUCGAUCGUCUACUUGUUCGAUGUCUAAUCUGUCAAGAGAGUAAUAUUCAACGAUGUCAUUUCGAAAAUCACGAAGAAGUUUGUAUUAAACGAACUGUUCCAUGUCCAUCAGCUGAUAUCAAAUGUACUUGGUCAGGACCGAGAGAUCGAUUAUCUUCACAUAUGAAGGAAUGUCCAUUUCAACAAGUUCGACCAAUUAUCGAAGAACUUCAAGGAAAUUUGAAUUCAGCACAAACAACACAGGCAGAAUUAAAAAAGUCUGUUGAGAGACUCGAAGGACAAGUGGCUUUUCUUCUUGCAUUCGUCAAUCAAGGUAAUCCGAUGGGUACCAAAUGCGACAAAUCAGUAAACAAUUGCCAAUUGGCCAAUGAAAAUGGAUUUCGCUCGAAUAAAUAUUAUCAAUGUAAAAUAUGUGAUCAACAAAUUCACCCAUGUCGAAUUGCACUUCAUACAUGCUCAUCAAAUGAGUGUAUCUGUCAACAGUGUGUUCAAAAUCAAUACUCGUACCACGAAGAAGAGAAUGACGACGAACAUUUUUUCUACAACGACGAUACGGAAGAACAAUGGAAUUAA